GGAGCUUCCUGUAGCUGUUUGUACUAUUUGCUCGAUGCCUGAAAUCAUGUAAUUACUGUUGUAUGGAACAAGCUGCUGCCGUCUCAGCACUAAAUACGGGGUUUUCGUGUCUCGGUGUUAGUCAAUGUCACUGACCAUGAACAAGAUGAAGAAGCUGCCUGAGCAGAUCCUGAAUCACAUCCUGGAGAUUCUCUACCUGCUGACUGGAGAGCGUGUGACUAACUCACUGACAGCGAGGGACUUGACCGGGGACAAGAUGACAACAGAGAGCAUACUAACCCACACUCUGCAGAUCAUGCACCUGCUGAUAGAGGCGGUGCCUAUAAAGUGUGAUGAUGUUGCUGUGUAUUUCUCUAUGGAGGAGUGGGAGUAUAUAGAGGGGCACAAGGAGCUUUACAAGGACGUCAUGAUGGAGACUCACCAAGCACUAAGUACUAUGGAGAUCUCAGGUCGCAGUGAUGAAAAUCUAGACACAAAGGCACAUGGAGAACUUGUACAGAAUAUUCAGCCAUCAGAUGUCUCUGCAGAUGAUAUUAAUACUGACGUAGAUGUUAAAACAGAAGAUCUGAGUGUAACGUGUCAGCUGGAAGCUCCAAUGCAGGAAAAAUGUGACAGCGACAAUUCAGGUGAUGUUAACACUGAAGUCACACUUAAUGCAGAACAAAGAAAUGAUCUGUAUGUAAAAAAUCAUCUGGAAGCUGUGAAGCAGGAAAUCGGUUACAAUAUCAGUACAGGUUAUGUUAAGACUGAAGUCGCACAUAAUGCUGAACAGAAUAAUGAUCUGUAUGUAAAGAGUCAGCUGGAAGCUGUGAAGCAGGAAAUCAGCGACAAUAUCCGUACAGGUGAUGUUAAGACUGAUGAUCUGUAUGUAAAGAGUCAGCGGGAAGCUGUGAAGCAGGAAAUCAGCGACAAUAUCAGUACAGGUGAUGUUAAGACUGAAGUUACACUUAAUGCUGACCAAACAAAUGAUCUGUAUGUAAAUAGUCAGCAGGAAGCUGUGAAGCAGGAAAUCAGUGACAAUAUCAGUAUAGCAAAAGUGGAACUAACAGAAGAUCUGUGUGCGGAGAAGUCCCUUGACAUUCAGGAGCAGGAAAAUUAUGAAGAUACUGACAUGAAAAACCACAAGGAUACAGACACAACAGAUCGAUCUAAGAGUUCAGCUAUUCCUCGUCUAGACCGGAGUGAUGAUAAUUCUUUCAGUCUCCUAAAAGUUCCACGAAGCCAAUUAGGAAAUAAAUCAUUUUCAUGUUCUGAAUGUGGAAAAUCAUUUACCCUGAAAUCAACUCUUAUUAGGCAUCGGAAAACUCACACAGGAGAGAGAGAAUUUUCAUGUUCUGUAUGUGGGAAAUGUUUUACUCAGAAAACAAAUCUUAUUGGCCAUAUGAAAAUUCAUACAGGAGAAAGAGAAUUUUCUUGUUCUGAAUGUGGGAAAUCUUUUACCCAGAAAGCAACUCUUAUUGCUCAUCAGAAGAUUCACACAGGAGAGAAAGCAUUUUCAUGUUCUGAAUGUGGGAAAUUGUUUAUCCAUAAAUGGGUACUGAUUAGGCAUAAAAAAACUCAUACGGGAGAAAGAGAAUUUUCUUGUUCUGUAUGUGGGAAAUGUUUUAGCCGGAAAUCAACUCUUAUUACUCAUCAGAAAAUUCACACAGAAGAGAAAGCAUUUUCAUGCUCUGAAUGUGGGAAGUGUUUUAACCAGAAAUCAUUAUAAAUCACUCAUCAGAAAAUUCAUACAGGAGAAUGCACUUUUGUGUUCUAAAUGUGGCAAAUGUUUUACUCAUAAAUAGGAACUUAUUAGACGUCAGAAAAUUCAUACAGAAGAGAGGAUUUUCAUGUUCUAAAUGUGGGAAAUGUUUUACACAUAAAUUAUUUCUUUACUCAUCAAAAAUGCAUACAAGAAAGAACUCCAAUAGUAAAUGUUUAGCCCACUUUAGUAAAUUUUAAUGUUUCCUCCCUGUCUGAUGGUAACAGAAGCAUGAUUUGUAAAUGAUUUACAGCCACACAGUUUUUUUUUUUAUUUAUGGCGGUAGACAAGUAAUAGUAUGCAUACCCAGUAGUAUCCAAAAUACAACACACUUGAGCUCAAUUUUUUUUUCUGAUGCACUCUAGUAGUAUGGGGGUUGGAACUUUGGUCAGCUGAUAUUUCAGUUGUAUAUGUUAACCACUCCUGAACAGCUCUUGUUGAGUAGUCUAUUACCUAAAUUGAGAAAUUCCAGUGAUAUUGCAUUGUUGUUUGAUAUAUUUGCUAAUGUUCCACUGGUGCUGUACUAUUAUAUUUGGAAAAAAAUAAAUUUAUUUCCAAAGGCA